CGGAGCUCUCCGGUAACGGAGACAGUAGACGGCACUGACUCACACUGACGAUCACACACAGCACAUUUCAGACUCUACCUGCCCUGCAACCUGACAGGAGGGAGACGAUGAAGACAUAGGCUAAAAGGAACUUUCCUGUUUUUUGGGGGUGCUAUUUUCAACCCGCUGCCGACAGCGUAUGUCUCUUAAAUUCGGGCAUCAGAUAAAGUCAAAAUGUUAUUGAUUCAUAAACACCAGAUGGCGGUGAGUUGAAAUAAAACACAUCUGAGUGUAUCGGGACGGUGUUUUUCAUCGCCUCUUUAAACUUCGUUUCUAGAGCUGGACCUUCUAUUUUUAAUUUUGUCAAACAUCUCCCGACCCCCUUCUACUCCUCCACCACCUCCUCCUCCACCUCCUUCUCCUCCUCCAACCGCCUUCACUUCAUAAAACAACAGCCACCGCGGAGACAAGACUACCGCCUUCCUGCCAGCGCUCAAAGGGAAUCAAAAUAACAAUUUAGCAAACAGCAGCACAGGAUUGGACCCUCUCAAGGAUGCUACUCCAGCACAGACACCACUAGACGGUCCAAACAGCCGCUGCCAAUAUGUUCAGGCGAGGUUAUGGUGGGGUGGAGCUACUGCUGGUGCUGUGUGGCCUGGAUCUCUCUCUGCCCUGCCCUCGCCACUGCAUCUGCUACACUUCACCUAGCACAGUGUCCUGCCAGGCCCACAACUUCCAUGCCGUGCCCGAGGGCAUCCCCGCCCAGAGCGAGCGCGUCUUCCUGCAGAACAACAAGAUCCAGCGGCUGCUUCGCGGCCACUUCUCGCCUACCACCACUAUGUUGUGGCUUUACUCCAACAACAUCUCCUACAUACAACCGUCCACCUUCCACGGCUUCGACCGCCUGGAGGAGCUCGACCUCGGGGACAACCGGCACUUAAAGGCCGUUGCUUCAGACACCUUCCUAGGCCUGGGUAGGCUACACGCCCUGCACCUAUACCACUGUGGCCUGAUCAGCCUGCCUCCGGGGAUCUUUGCAGGCCUCCAUAAUCUCCAGUAUCUCUACCUACAGGACAACCAGUUGGAAUUCCUGGAGGAUGAUCUGUUCAUCGACCUUCUGAACCUCAGUCAUCUCUUCCUGCAUGGCAAUAAACUAUGGAGCCUUCGCCAGAACACUUUCCGUGGUCUGGGGGUCUUAGACCGCCUUCUUCUCCACCAGAAUCGAAUCCAGUGGGUUGACCGCCAGGCUUUCCAUGACCUGCGGCGCCUCACCACCCUGUACCUGUUUAAUAACUCCCUGACUGAGCUUUCCGGAUCCAGCUUGACUCUUCUGCCGGCCCUGGAGUACCUUCGACUUAACGACAACCCCUGGGAAUGCGACUGCAAGGCCCUGUCACUCUGGGAUUGGCUGCGGAGGUUCAGAGGCUCUACUUCCUCUCUAAUAUGUGUUUCACCACCAGAGCUGGCGCAAAGGGACCUGAAAACGCUGAAGAAAGAGGAGCUGCCCAGUUGCCUGUCAAGCGAGGGUCAGGCACAUGGUGCCCCAGGUGGGGAGAUGGAGCAUGGAGAGUCUUUGAACCACCUGAAUCGUCACAGAAACCAUCACAACCACCAUCAGCGGCCAUACUUGCCCCACGGGGACCAGUACAGCUUGCCUUCACCCUCGCCCCUGCCUCGGCCACCUAAGGGAGGCCGCAGAAACUGUACCCGCCGGGGCCGCAAGGCAAAAGGGGGGCUCAAUGAGGUGCAGGUACUACGGGAAGGGAGUGAGAAAGACUAUACUCCAGAUGGAGGGAAAUAUGACCUGUCUGGAACUGCACGGAGGAAGAACAAGUGCAUCCCCAGAACUUCUGUCGGCCCACCAAGUGGGGUCCAGAGAGCCAAUAACAGAGCGGGGUCACACUUUGCAGAUUAUUUUUUCUGUUUACCCUCAGCUCUGCUGCUGUCACUCAUCUCUGUCAUCCUACGCUGAGGCAGGAAACGGACACUUUUGUGCUGGUGAUGCAACCUUAUGAUUCACUCUCCUGAACUACCCUGCCCUGGCUCUUCAAAUGAGGCAUGUGUGCAUAACUGUGUGUGUACAUGACUGUGUAUAAAGAACAUUAUAAAAUAUCUACUGUCAAAGUAUCCCUGCGAUAUUAAGGCAGGAAUCUUUACAAGUCAUAAUCAAAAACAUGGAAGUCAGGGAAAAUAAUUAAGCCCGUUGAUGAUGUCACCAAGGGAACAUCAGGAAAACUUUACAUCUGUCUCUGUGUGGCAUCGAUAGCUUCACUGAACUCAUAUACUUAUAAAAACUGUACAGCCACAUAAAAUGAGCCGAUGAUUUACUCACGUAAUCGCAAGAAGAACACACAGUAAGGAUCAAAACUGUUCAAGUUUUGCCCUCUUGACACAAUACUGCUCUGUCAGUGCACCCGCCAUCUGUCACUCACGCUGAGACAAAGACGGUCAUUCAUAACUGUCACACUGCUCACUCAACAGCACCUUAUGAUCCAGAAAUCAAAGACUGCAGACACAAGUGGCAGUAAAGUGAUUCAUUGCGGAGUAAUAGCAGCAAUUAUUAAUCACAAUAUAUCUACCAAUAAAGUGGUUUUACUCUCAUGUCUCACAGCAGGGUGGAUCCACUUUAAUGCACAUUGGUAUCAUUUUAGUGGAUUUUUUUUUAAGAAUACCACCGGAGUUGUGACUCAUCGAUGUAACUGACAGUCCUUCAAACUAGUCCUCUUCAAAGGUCUACAUUGUCCUCAGCAACUUAAAAGCCAUUCAGAACAAACAUUUCAUUGUAAGAGCCAAACGGUCACAGUCAGUGUAAAAGAGCGAGUGAAUGGAUGUCUGUCACUGUUUGUUUGAGUGUGUGUCUACUUAAAAAAAAAAAAAAAAAAACUAAAGCCAUGCGGGUAGAACGACACUAGAUAAGAGUGCCUAAUGAGAGCCAGUGGCCAAUAAGACAACGUAUAGAUGUAAGGAAUGGUUUCUUUCACUCUUCGACCUAAUUGGCUACAAAACUGAGGCCUCAACGAGCCCAUGCAGGCCAAGGAAAAGCUGAGACCCAGGCCUGGCUCACAAAAACUCCCAGAAACUUUCCUCUGUAAUGCUGAGGAGGAAAAUGAGGAAAAAUGCAUUCUUCAAGCAGAGAAGAUUUAAUCCAAAUAGUCCCAGGAGUGUUUAAUGCUUGGGAAAAAAAGGCCCUACAAUCAGGGAGGAGUGCUGAAGACCACCACAACACCACAAUACAGAUCCUGCAUUUGUCUAAUCAACUGCUUAAAGUGGAAACUAAUUUGGUUCUGUGAUGAUCACCAGAGGGCAAAGGGACUGACAAACUUCUACUGAAUUUCUGUCCUUGUCCUCUUUGGUGUAUUCCGUGUGCUCCAAAACAGACGGACUUUACGAUGUGUAAGCCCUGAUCGGAGAGUUGGAUAUUAAUGCUGCUACGUCCGGGGAAGACGGCUACUUUCUGAGGCUGUGGGUUCUUCUUCGGGAAAUGACAAGCACAGAGAGGACUGUGGGUAACGAUGCCCCUGCAUGAACUCGACUGGUUCAAGCACACACACCCCUAUCGAAGCCCAAUCACCUUCACGGCCUUCCUGUCCCACUGCAAACUGCUAACCCCUGUCAGUCCGGGGCUUUCAAAUCCCUCAGCAGAGCACCAUAGGUUUUGACUUUCGACCUGAACUACUUCGGAGUCACUCAGUCUCAAGUGCUCAACUACAGGAGACAAAACCUGUACUGAUCCACAGGGGCCACCCGGGUACAUUCACUACCCAGCAAUGCUAAAAGAGUUUAUUUCUUAUAGCAUUACAAAGUUACAAAUUCUAUUUUAAGAAGGAGCUGCCCUUGUAUGCAAAGGAUGACCUAUAGUAAAAAAAAUCUAAAAAAACAUGACAUGCUGAGAAAAAGCACAAUAAAUUAUCAGUAUGGUUUGCUGGCGACCUAAAAA